AUCAAAGAACCUCGAUGGCCUGACUCCUGGUGUCAAGUAUACAAUAAAUGUCGCUGCAGUGGCAGAUGAUGGAACCACUGAAGGAGCGAAUACCACUGAGACUCAAUACACAAAGCCUGAAGUAGUAAGGAAUCUGACUGUUUCACAUUUCACAACAUCCUCUGUGUUUCUGAAAUGGACUGAGCCUGUGGGAAGCAGCUCUUUCUAUAUAGUACAGACGACAGGAGGAAAUAACAAACAGAAACACCACUGUCGUUGAACCUAAACUAAAUGUCACUGAGCUGACUCCUGGAGUGCGCUACACUUUCAGUGUGAUAGCAGUGGCUGGAGAUAAUAAAACCAUAGGAGAGGCAAUAACAAAGUCAUUGUACACAAAGCCUGAAGUAGUCACAAAUCUCAGUGUCACUAGUUUCACAACAUCCUCUAUAAGUCUGAACUGGACUGAGUCGUGGGAAACAGAUCUUUCUAUAGAGUACAGUGGACUGGUGGAGAAAGAACUAACUCUACGAAUGUGUCUGAGACAUUUACGAAUAUCACUGGCCUCACUGCUGGUGUCCAGUAUGAAAUAACUGUUACUGCAGUGGCACAUGAUGGUUAUACUGAGGGCCAGAGUGAAACGAUUUCCAAAUACACAAAGCGUGAAGUAGUCAGGAAUCUCUUUGUCACUGAAAUCACCACAUCCUCCAUAAGUCUGAACUGGACUGAGUCAGUGGGAAACAGAUCUUUCUAUAGAGUACAGUGGACUGGUGGAUCAAUAAUGAACUCUACGAAUGUGACUGAGACAUUUACGAAUAUCACUGGCCUCACUGCUGGUGUCCAGUAUAAAAUAACUGUUACUGCAGUGGCACAUGAUGGUUAUACUGAGGGCCAGAGUGAAACGAUUUCCAAAUACACAAAGCCUGAAGUAGUCAAGAAUCUCUCUGUAACUGAAAUCACCACAUCCUCCAUAAAUUUGAACUGGACUGAACCAGGGGGCAACAGAUCUUUCUAUAUAGUACAGUGGAGAAAUGGAACAACAAACAGCAACACCACUGUCGUUGAACCUAAACUAAAUGUCACUGCCCUGACUCCUGGAGUUCACUACACUUUCACUGUCAUAGCAGUGGCUGGAGAUAAUGAAACAAAAAGUGAAACGGCAAAUACAUCUCACUAUACAAAGCCUGAAGUAGUACAGAAUCUUACUGUCUCAGAUUUCACAACAUCCUCUAUAAGUCUGAACUGGAUUGAGCCAGAGGGAAACAGAUCUUUCUAUAGAGUACAGUGGACUGGUGGAUCAAUGACGAAUUCUACGAAUGUGACUGUGGCAUUUACGAAUAUCACUGGCCUCACUGCUGGUGUCCAGUAUGAAAUAACUGUUACUGCAGUUGCACAUGAUGGUUACACUGAGGGCCAGAAUAAAACGAUUUCCAAAUACACAAAACCGGGUGUUAUUAAGAAUUAUACUGCGACCACAAACACCACCUCCAUCUCACUGACCUGGGACGCUCCUCAAGGGGAGGUGUUGAGGUACCAGGUGGCGCUGAGCAAUGGUUCAGUGCCGCAAAGCGCAAACAGUACCUCCGCUCUGCUGUCAAACCUGACCCCUGGCACUCUUUACAAUAUCACUGUCACUGCUAUUGCUGGAGACAAUCAAACAAAAGGAGAGCCUUUUACUGCGGUGGAAAUCACAAAACCUGCUGAAGUAAAACGUCUCAAUGCAACUGAUGUCACAACAUCGUCUGUGUCUCUAAGCUGGAAUAAACCAAUGGGCAAUGUUGACUUGUACAAAAUACGAUGGGAUCCAGGAACAGAGUGCUUGAAUUCUUCUAAUGAAAAGUUCACCAUCCCAAAUUUAACUCCUGGAAUCCAGUACAACAUUUCAGUGGCUGCUGUAGCUUACUCAGUCGAGGGGAAGAAAACCUUCACAUCUACCUUCACAAAGCCUGAAGUAGUCACAAAUCUCAGUGUCACUAGUUUCACAACAUCCUCUAUAAAUCUGAACUGGACUGAGUCAGUGGGAAACAGAUCUUUUUAUAGAGUACAGUGGACUGGUGGAUCAAUGACGAACUCUACAAAUGUGACUGGGACAUUUACGAAUAUCACUGACCUCACUGCUGGUGUCCAGUAUAAAAUAACUGUUACUGCAGUGGCACAUGAUGGUUACACUGAGGGCCAAAGUGAAACGAUUUCCAAAUACACAAAGCCUGAAGUAGUCAGGAAUCUCUCUGUCACUGAAAUCACCACAUCCUCCAUAAAUUUGAACUGGACUGAACCAGAGGGCAACAGAUCUUUCUAUAUAGUACAGUGGAGAAAUGGAACAACAAACAGCAACACCACUGGCGUUGAACCUAAACUAAAUGUCACUGCGCUGACUCCUGGAGUUCGCUACACUUUCACUGUCAUAGCAGUGGCUGGAGAUAAUGAAACAAAAAGUGAAAUGGAAGAGAUAUCUCACUAUACAAAGCCUGAAGUAGUAAGAAAUCUGACUGUUUCAAAUUUCACAACAUCCUCUGUGUCUCUGAAAUGGACUGAGCCUGUGGGAAACAGCUCUUUCUAUAUAGUACAGACGACAGGAGGAACAACAAACAGGAAAGAUAAUGUCACUGACCCUAAACUAACUGUCACUAAGCUGACUCCUGGAGUUCGCUACACCUUCAGUGUGAUAGCAGUGGCUGGAGAUAAUAAAACCAUAGGAGAGGCAACGACAAAGUCAUUGUAUACAAAGCCUGAAGUAGUCACAAAUCUCAGCGUCACUAGUUUCACAACAUCCUCUAUAAGUCUGAACUGGACUGAGUCAGUGGGAAACAGAUCUUUCUAUAGAGUACAGUGGACUGGUGGAGAAAGAACUAGCUCUAUGAAUGUGUCUGAGACAUUUACGAAUAUCACUGGCCUCACUGCUGGUGUCCAGUAUGAAAUAACUGUUAUUGCAGUGGCACAUGAUGGUUAUACUGAGGGCCAGAGUGAAACGAUUUCCAAAUACACAAUGCCUGAAGUAGUCAAGAAUCUCUCUGUAACUGAAAUCACCACAUCCUCCAUAAAUUUGAACUGGACUGAACCAGGGGGCAACAGAUCUUUCUAUAUAGUACAAUGGAGGAAUGGAACAACAAACGGGAAUGAAACUGUUUUUGAACCUAAACUAAAUGUCACUGCCCUGACUCCUGGAGUUCAUUACACUUUCACUGUCAUAGCAGUGGCUGGAGAUAAUGAAACAAAAAGUGAAAUGGCAAAUGUAUCUCACUAUACAAAGCCUGAAGUAGUAAGGGAUCUGACUGUUGCGGAAAUCACCACAUCCUCCAUAAAUUUGAACUGGACUGAACCAGAGGGCGACAGAUCUUUCUAUAGAGUACAGUGGACAGAUGGAAAAACAAACAGCAACACCACUGUCGUUGAACCUAAACUAAAUGUCACUGCACUGACUCCUGGAGUUCGCUACGGUUUCACUGUCAUAGCAGUGGCUGGAGAUAAUGAAACAAAAAGUGAAAUGGAAGAGAUAUCUCACUAUACAAAGCCUGAAGUAGUAAGAAAUCUGACUGUUUCAAAUUUCACAACAUCCUCUGUGUCUCUGAAAUGGACUGAGCCUGUGGGAAACAGCUCUUUCUAUAUAGUACAGACGACAGGAAGGACAACAAACAGGAAAGAUAAUGUCACAGACCCUAAACUAAGUAUCACUGAGCUGACUCCUGGAGUGCGCUACACCUUCAGUGUGAUAGCAGUGGCUGGAGAUGAUAAAACCAUAGGAGAGGCAACGACAAAGUCAUUGUAUACAAAGCCUGAAAUAGUCACAAAUCUUAGUGUCACUAGUUUCACAACAUCCUCUAUAAGUCUGAACUGGACUGAGUCAGUGGGAAACAGAUCUUUCUAUAGAGUACAGUGGACUGGUGGAGAAAGAACUAACUCUACGAAUGUGUCUGAGACAUUUACGAAUAUCACUGACCUCACUGCUGGUGUCCAGUAUGAAAUAACUGUUAUUGCAGUGGCACAUGAUGGUUAUACUGAGGGCCAGAGUAAAAUGAUUUCCAAAUACACAAUGCCUGAAGUAGUCAAGAAUCUCUCUGUAACUGAAAUCACCACAUCCUCCAUAAAUUUGAACUGGAAUGUACCAGGGGGCAACAGAUCUUUCUAUAUAGUACAGUGGAGGAAUGGAACAACAAACGGGAACGAAACUGUUUUUGAACCUAAACUAAAUGUCACUGAGCUGACUCCUGGAGUUCAUUACACUUUCACUGUCAUAGCAGUGGCUGGAGAUAAUGAAACAAAAAGUGAAACGGCAAAUACAUCUCACUAUACAAAGCCUAAAGUAGUAAGGGAUCUGACUGUCGCGGAAAUCACCACAUCCUCCAUAAAUUUGAACUGGACUGAACCAGAGGGCGACAGAUCUUUCUAUAGAGUACAGUGGACAGAUGGAAAAACAAACAGUAGCAAAACUGUCAUUGAACCUAAACUAAAUGUCACUGCACUGACUCCUGGAGUUCGCUACGGUUUCACUGUCAUAGCAGUGGCUGGAGAUAAUGAAACAAAAAGUGAAAUGGCAAAUAUAUCUCACUAUACAAAGCCUGAAGUAGUAAGAAAUCUGACUGUUUCAAAUUUCACAACAUCCUCUGUGUCUCUGAAAUGGACUGAGCCUGUGGGAAACAGCUCUUUCUAUAUAGUACAGACGACAGGAGGAACAACAAACAGGAAAGAUAAUGUCACUGACCCUAAACUAAGUGUCACUAAGCUGACUCCUGGAGUGCGCUACACCUUCAGUGUGAUAGCAGUGGCUGGAGAUAAUAAAACCAUAGGAGAGGCAACGACAAAGUCAUUGUAUACAAAGCCUGAAGUAGUCACAAAUCUCAGUGUCACUAGUUUCACAACAUCCUCUAUAAGUCUGAACUGGACUGAGUCAGUGGGAAACAGAUCUUUCUAUAGAGUACAGUGGACUGGUGGAGAAAGAACUAGCUCUAUGAAUGUGUCUGAGACAUUUACGAAUAUCACUGGCCUCACUGCUGGUGUCCAGUAUGAAAUAACUGUUAUUGCAGUGGCACAUGAUGGUUAUACUGAGGGCCAGAGUGAAACGAUUUCCAAAUACACAAUGCCUGAAGUAGUCAAGAAUCUCUCUGUAACUGAAAUCACCACAUCCUCCAUAAAUUUGAACUGGACUGAACCAGGGGGCAACAGAUCUUUCUAUAUAGUACAAUGGAGGAAUGGAACAACAAACGGGAAUGAAACUGUUUUUGAACCUAAACUAAAUGUCACUGCCCUGACUCCUGGAGUUCAUUACACUUUCACUGUCAUAGCAGUGGCUGGAGAUAAUGAAACAAAAAGUGAAAUGGCAAAUGUAUCUCACUAUACAAAGCCUAAAGUAGUAAGGGAUCUGACUGUCGCGGAAAUCACCACAUCCUCCAUAAAUUUGAACUGGACUGAACCAGAGGGCGACAGAUCUUUCUAUACAGUACAGUGGACAGAUGGAAAAACAAACAGUAGCAAAACUGUCAUUGAACCUAAACUAAAUGUCACUGCCCUGACUCCUGGAGUUCGCUACACUUUCACUGUCAUAGCAGUGGCUGGAGAUAAUGAAACAAAAAGUGAAAUGGAAGAGAUAUCUCACUAUACAAUGCCUGAAGUAGUCAGGAAUCUUUCUGUCACUGAAAUCACCACAUCCUCCAUAAAUUUGAACUGGACUGUACCAGGGGGCAAUAGAUCUUUCUAUAUAGUACAGUGGACAGAUGGAAAAACAAACAGGAGCAUCUCUGUUGUUGAACCUAAACUAAAUGUCACUGCCCUGACUCCUGGAGUUCGCUACGCUUUCACUGUCAUAGCAGUGGCUGGAGAUAAUGAAACAAAAAGUGAAACGGCAGCAGUAUCUCACUAUACAAGACCUGAGAAGCCUGAGAACAUUAUGGCUGAACGAGGAACCAACCAUCUGAACAUCAGCUGGACAUUGCCUCAGGGACGGGCUGAUAGAUACGAGGUGGAGAUCACCAACGCAAAUCUGACAUAUUCGAAUUCCAGUACAACAAAUGACAAUGCUACCGACUUCACUGAUUUGUAUCCUGGAAGAAUCUUUGUCAUUAAAGUGACGGCUGUAGCUGGAAGCUUGAAUAACACGUCUGACGCGACUUCAAUCGCCACUGUUCCCACUCCCCCUGGCUCCGUCAGCUUCAGUAAGAGGACCAACUCUUCGCUCCAGCUGGAGUGGACAACUCCUAAAAAGAUGGAGGGCGCUCCGGACAUCAGCUACUACAUCACCUACCAACGUGAAGGUGGUGAAAAUAAAAGCCAAAACUCUUCAGGCAUGAACACAGAGCUGUCUGAGCUCUCCUCUGGAACUUCCUACAACAUAUCUGUGUGCACAGUUGGACCCCAAAAUUUGAAGAGCACUGCUGUCCAUGUAUCUAAUUUCACAUUGCCAAACCCAGUCCUGAAUGUUGCAGCCAGCCCCAGCUCCACCUCUUCAAUCAAAGUGACAUGGUCAUACCCAUUGGAGGUCAAGAACUAUUACCUAUAUGUGGUUGAAGUCUAUAAUUUAACAAAAUUUGUUAGUGCAGAAACUGUCAGUACAAACAGCACUGUCAUGACUGGCCUGAAGCCAGGACGUGGUUACCGUGUUACAGUCGCAACAAAGGCUGCACCAGGAAGUGAUUCUACCACAAAAGAGACGUUCAGUUACACGAUGCCCAAUGCAGUGACCAACCUCACAGUGAAUUACCGGAACACAACAUCCAUCCAGCUGACAUGGCAUAGACAAAAUGAUUACGAGCCUUCCUACUCCUACCUGGUGGCAGCGCUCCUGGACAACAAAGUGGUACACAAUGAUUCAACAGGGAACGAGAAUUACACCUUCUACAACCUGAAGCCUGGAACACAGUAUCAGUUUAUUGUGACCACAGUCGUGGAAGGCGUCAAGUCCACAGAGGAAAGCCUGCAUAAUUAUACAAAGCCUGAAUCAGUUGCUCACAUCGUGCUGUUGGGAACCACAACAAGCAUGUUCGUGAGGUGGCCAAAUGUGUCCGGACUGGUGUCCUCAUACUCAGUCCUGCUGUACAGAGACAUGAAGCAGGUGGACAACUCCACAAAUCUGAGCAACACGACGCAAAAUCACACGUUUCACAACUUGACACCGGGAGUAGUUUACCGUGUGGAGGUGGUCACCAAAAGUGGACCUUUGGAGAGCAGUUUUUCUGAAAGCAAUGCCACUUUUCCUAACCCUCCUGGCCCCAUCACGGUGGAGUCUCAGACCGUCAGUUCCAUCAACUUCACCUGGCCGCGUCCAGAGAACAUGAACCAGAUUCCGCACAACUUCAGUGUGUCCACCCUCAGCGCCACUAAGACCACUCCAGACAGCUGGUAUCUUCUGGACUCAGUCUCGUCCGGAACACCGUACGAUAUCUCUGUUGUUACUGUGGGCGUGCUGGGGUUUGAGAGCACGGCAGUGACGGCACGAAACUAUACCCGACCGUAUAACGCCACCAAUCUCAGUCACAGGGCCGUCACCACAAACAAUUUGACCUUGGCGUGGGACCAGGAAGGAGAGAGAAAUUACUCUUAUUUGGUGGUAGUGACCAAUGACUCCAAAGCUGUCGUAUACAAUAACGUAGCACCUAAAAAUGAAAUAAAUAUCACAGGACUUCCCUCUGGGAGCUUAUUCAACUGUACUGUAACCACACGGGCAGAAGAUGGCACUGAGGCACAACCUGCGACAGCAAACUGCUUCACACGGCCGCAUGCUGUUACAGAGUUGAAGGCUGAAACACUCAGCACAACUGAGAUACAACUGACCUGGACAAAACCUAGCGAGUACAAGUCAUACUAUAGAUAUCGGGUUACAACUGCAGGCUGUGCCUCUCAAGACAGAACCCUUGAAGGAAACACCUCAGUAUUGCUCUCAGGGCUCAACCCUGGGACCAACUGCACCUUCUGUGUGACUGUGAAGGCCGCGGAUUUCACCACAGGGAAAGAAACCUGCAUCUCUCAGUACACUUACCCUGAAGCAGUAAAGCUCAACAUCUCCAGUCAGGGCUCCAACAGUUCAGUCGUGGUGUCGUGGACCCACCCCUUGGGAAAUGUGGAGUCUUAUGUGGUUUUGCUGAAAACCCCAAAUGGGAAAUUGAGCCCGCGAAUCAAACCUAAUAGCAGUACCUCCGAACUGUUUGACCAGCUGUCAGCUGGGAGGGAAUACACUGCCAUGAUAACCACAGUCAGCGGACCCUUCAAUGCAACAUCUAAAGAGGUUACUGAUGCAACAUACCCCAACCCUCCAGGGCCAAUUACGAUCGACAUGCAGACAACCAGUUCCAUUGGAUUCAGCUGGAAAGAAGCUCCUCUAAUGUCUGGCGCAUCAUUCUCCUACCAAAUGAAUAUAAAACCAUCCCUCGGAGGAGAAAUCACAAACAUUACCAACAGCACUAACACCAGUCAUACUUUUACCUCUCUGUUGUCUGGGACUUCCUACCACAUCUCUGUGGCAACCGUGGGGCUUAGGAACUAUAUGAGUGCGGGGGUUAACGGAAGCGCCACCACAAGGCCCAUGAGUGUGCGCUCUCUCUUGACCGAGGCAGACGAGACGUCUGUCAACCUCUCUUGGAGAGAACCUUGCGAAUACAAGGAAAGCUAUCGUUUCAAUGUGACCUGGAUAAGCUCAGAGCAGAUCAUGAACAGCACACGCACUGAACGUCUAAAUCAAAUCAUCAGUGGCCUGGUCCCUGGUACCAGAUAUAACUUUACUGUCACCACAGAGACCUCUGAUGGAAUACGGGCUGACACUAAGACAGCUUUCGCCUGCACAAAUGCAAGCCCAGUGGAAUCCCUUAACUGUCCCACUCUAGACAAAGAUAUCGCACAAAUCGCCCUGAACUGGAGUGAACCCAAAGGCAAAAGCACUGACUUUGAAGUCACUGCAUCGGCUGGAAAUCGGAACUUCUCCGUAAUUGCCCCCUGCUGCAGUCAUACUUUUUCCAACCUUAGUCACUUUACUGAGUACAAUGUGACCGUAGUGACUCAAAGCUGUAACGCAAGUGCUCCUGUUAUUCACAACUGCCGGACUGGCAUCACAAAUCCAUCCUUCCCAAAAGGCUAUGAAAGACCGGUUGUGAAAGAGAAGAACUACAACAACUUCAUCCUUCAAAUUAACAGUGAAAUGCUGGACAACUCUAAUGGGCCCAUCACAGCUGUUGGGGUCCUGGUGACAAGGGAGACUGGUGAAAUGUCGAACUUGACUAAAUACUUGGUGAACACUUACAAUCAGUGGAAAGAAGGGACAACACCAGUGUACCUGGCAAGUUUCGGAAACAUGACUUCUAUUUCGCGCAGUAUUCUGAGCCAUUUCGACAUCGAAAUAGGGAAUGGAUCCGAAUGGAAAAGCUACUUUAAUGGUCCUCUGGAACACAGUAAAUCAUACCGAGCUGCCAUUGCGGUAUUCACCAGGCUAACUUACACGUCAGACGGCCUUGUGAACAUAGACAGAUCAUUUGUCUCAGUAACAGAAUUUAUUGACGUUGGUGAACUCCCACAAGACCCAGUUAUCAUUAAAAUUGCUAUCGGAGCAACAGCGGGAGUUUUCGGUUUCCUCUUUCUCAUCCUCAUCGGUUUUAUUAUCUACUGGAGAAGGAUAUCCAACAAAGAGUCCUCCGACAUCCAGAUUCAGUCCAUGAGAGCUAAAGUGAGUGUCGCCGUGACGGUGGAGGACUUCGAGGCUUAUUACAAGAAGCAGAAAGCAGACUCCAACUGCGGCUUUGCAGAAGAAUUCGAGGACCUGAAGGUUGUGGGUACAGGUCAGGCGAAGGUCUACGCGCUGGAUAUGGAGAACAAGCCGAAGAACCGCUACAACAACGUUCUUCCCUAUGACUCCUCUAGGGUGAAACUGUCUAUAGUCCAUGGAAGUCCAUAUGACGACUACAUCAAUGCUAACUACAUGCCGGGUUACAACUCGAGGAAGGAGUUCAUCGCCGCCCAGGGUCCUCUGCCCAGCACGGUCAACGAUUUCUGGAGGAUGAUCUGGGAGAAGAACGUGCAGACUUUGGUCAUGCUGACACGUUGUAAUGAGCAGGGACGGGUAAAAUGUGAGCAGUACUGGAGUUCCGGCACCAAGCACUGUGACGACAUUACUGUGACAACAACCUCCGAAAUACCACUCGACGACUGGACCAUCAGGGACUUUGACAUUAAAUAUGUGAAAACAGCUGAGACCCGUUCAGUUCGCCACUUCCACUUCACGGCCUGGCCGGAUCACGGGGUCCCAGAAACCACGGAGCUCCUCAUCAGCUUCAGACAUCUGGUCCGAGAGCACAUGAACCAGUACUCCAGACACUCUCCCACCGUGGUCCACUGCAGUGCCGGUGUGGGCCGCACCGGUACCUUCAUAGCCAUCGACCGCCUGAUCUUCCAGAUUGAAAGGGAAAAUAUCGUGGACGUGUACGGUAUCGUUCACGAUCUGCGUAUGCACCGGCCCCUAAUGGUGCAGACAGAGGACCAGUACGUGUUCCUGAACCAGUGUGCCUUGGACGUGAUCCGAUCGAGAACGGGGACCAACGUGGAUCUAAUCUACCAAAACGCCGCCGCGCUCUCUAUUUACGAGAACGUCGAACCAAAGAGGGGUUUUAACAAAAACGGAUACCACCAGCCGUGAACCCUGGACGCCUCUCACACCUCUCUCGUCACUUAGCAGAAACAACAACAGCUCAGCAGACAUUUCUAAAGGGAAUGCUUUCAACAAAUAUUUAUUUUUUACCUGCUGUUGUCAAGAAUCGUUUAGCUUUCUGGAUUUAAACUUUUAUUUUGAAGUAUUUAUUUUGUUAAAAAAUGUUUGAUACUGGAGGGAAAAUAAAAUGCAAUAGUGAACGUAAUCACAAAAAUAUAUAUAUGUGUAUUUUGUGUCAGCUCUUGUCUUGGAUUAUUUUGUAAAAUUGCUUAGUUGUUUUAUAAUUACUGCUUGCUUACUACUGUACAUGACGUACGGAUGAUGACAGUUUUUGCUCAGGUAGGACAUUUGAUGUUGUAUAGGUAUUAUUACAGACACUUUUGAUAAAGAAAAAAAAAGCCUUGUAUAAAAUAAAUGCUGGUAUCAAACCUACGUGCCUUUUAAAAAGAAACCAAUAGGUGGCACUCUUCCAUUUUUUCUGCCAAAUAGGGACCAUGAUGAUAUUGGGUUGUCGCUGUAACCUUAAAAUUCACCAAAUCUUCCUGCGUGUCUUAAACUAAAGAUGAACAGUGCAAUGUGUUUUAAUGUUUUGUUGUCAUUUAAAUGUCUACGCGUCGUAUUGCGAGUGAUGCACUGGAUGCAUAUGUCUUCUACACUGUUCUUUCUACUAGAUGUUUUAUUUUUUAUCAGUGGUGUUGAUUAUGUUGUGGCCAGUGCUUUGUGAAACAGGUUGGAAAAUGUUCACAUUUUAUUUUUAAAAGAGAUGGAAUCGCAAUAAGCAGCUCAGGAAUUCAAGGAAAGCUGAACAUUUUACUGGCAGGUCGGGAGUUAGAAAAUCCACACUGCACUUUGAUAAACUUAUUUUACGUCCAUCUUUUCUACUGUGUUUCUAAAAGUGCAGAAGAAGCACAAGCUUUAUGUUCAGUUUCUAAAGGGCAGAGUUUUCCAUGAGACAGGUACGUUUGUGUUUUUAAGAUUGCUGACCGGUGUGCUCAGCCUGUAGAUAUGUUCCAGUUUUUAUUGUAGCAUAGCAUACUUAAACAAAUUGCAAGCACUUAUAUUUUUAAUGAAAAAAAAAAAUAAAUAAAUAGUAAAUAUGCAUACUGUUACAGGAUGUUUUUAAAAUGCUUUAUAAGAUGCUUGCUGGUACAAUGCGAAUAUGUAAAAUGAACAUUUGAAAUCUGUACACAUUUUGAUCUGUCAAAAUAAAUUGUAUAAGAGACUG